CACUCUCUCACACGCACAACUCACACUGAGAGAGGAGAUUUUCUUCAUGGAUCUCACGAAGAAACUGAGCAUUUUGGUUUUUUUGUUGUGCGUUCUGAUCUCGUUGAAGAAUCAGAAAGCUGCAACUGAUUCGCGUUCGGUUCUCGAAGAUCGGCGUAAUCUCGGAGAAGAUGAGUCUCACUCUGAUGCUGGAGCUCAGGAGCGGCUUAGAUAUGACUACUACAGCGAAUCGUGUCCAUCAGCUGAGAAGAUAAUACGAUCAACGGUCAGAGAAUUGCACCAGAUGAAGAAUGUUGGUCCUGCUCUGUUGAGGCUUGCUUUCCAUGACUGCUUCGUCAUGGGAUGUGACGCUUCGAUUCUAUUGGAUUCUGAUGGUGAAAUGAAGAGUGAGAAAGAGGCUGCUCCCAAUCAAUCUAUAAAAGGAUUUGAACAGAUUGACAUUAUCAAGUCGAGACUCGAGCAGGAGUGCCCUGGAGUAGUUUCUUGCGCUGAUAUUGUAGUUUUAUCAGCAAGAGAGGGUGUCCUCCUGGCUGGAGGCCAGUUCUAUCCUGUUUUAACCGGUCGAAGCGACAGAAGAACGGCUUUUCCACUAAAUGCAGCUACUGAUCUUCCUAGUCCUAACUCAAGCCUCUUGGAUGCACUCCAUUCAUUUGCAGCAAAAGGAUUCGAUGCUAGAGAAACAGUUGCUCUGCUAGGCGCCCACAGCACUGGAAUGGUUCACUGCAAUUUCAUCCGUAACCGGCUAUUUAACUUCAAUAAAACUAAUGAACCGGACCCUUCCAUGAAUGCUGAAUUUGUGGAGGUUUUGAGAUCACAAUGCAGCAAUAAUUCUGCAUCAGCACCAUCUAUGUCACCUUCUCCGUCAUCAUCGGAAAAUGGCUCAUCGUUAGAGGAUGGAGCGAUGAGGAUGGACUACGAAGGAGCAGGAAAAGGUUUCGGUGAAGUAUACUACCGUAGUCUUUUGCAAGGAAGAGGAUUACUGUUUGUGGACCAGCAGCUGACAUCUAGUCCAAACACCAAGACUUGGGUGGAAACAUAUGCUUCAGACCUUCUACGCUUCCGCAGGGACUUUGGGCUUGCUAUGUUCAAGCUUUCCCAUCUCCAAGUUCCUAGUGCACCCGAGGGUGAGGUUCGUCUCAAUUGCCGCAAAGUUAACUGAAGGUACAUCUCUAGGGAAUAGGAACUAGACUUGCCUUCCUUUAAUAUUAAUAAUUCAAACUCUGAUACCUUGGCACCUCCAAUUUUGUUUUUUCUUUUUAUU